UCUCUCUCUCUCUCUCUCUCACAUACAGGGUCUCAGACAUGGAGUCUAGUGACAUUACUACAGCAACCACCAAUAGCCGCUCAGUUUCGCCUUCUCCAUCGUCUUCUCCACCUCGUCCACCAGUUGUUCUCAGCCCAUGUGCAGCUUGUAAGGUUCUAAGGCGAAGGUGUGCAGAUAAGUGUAUCCUGGCACCAUAUUUUCCUCCCAAUGACCCCCUCAAGUUUACAACUGCUCAUCGCGUUUUCGGGGCAAGCAACAUAAUCAAGUUCCUGCAGGAACUCCCAGAGUCUCAGAGAGCUGAUGCCGUGAGUAGCAUGGUUUACGAGGCGAAUGCUAGGCUUAGAGACCCUGUUUAUGGCUGUGCUGGAGCAAUUUGCCAACUUCAAAAACAAAUCAAUGAGCUUCAAGCACAAGUAGCCAAGGCACAAGCUGAGAUGGUCAAUAUGCAUUGCCAACAAGCCAACCUCAUGGACUUGAUUUCCAUGGAAAUGUCCAAAUCUCCACAAACAUCACCACCACAUCUACAAUCCUGCGACAACUUCAUGACUAGUCCUUACAGUCUCCCCAGCAAUCUGAGCUUCCUCGACGAAAGCAAUCUAGGGUUUUGGGAGCCUCUCUGGACAUGAUGAUCACUCAUAUAUAUCUUGGCAUAUUCAAGAUCGAUUCUCCUAACCCUAAGCCAAUUGCAUCAAUGGGAAGGAAAAAAUUGAAGAACACAAACAAAUAAAGUUGAUAGAGGGUAACAUUAAAUUGUUUAUGUGAUUUGAGUCGUUAUAAGUCUGAGUCAUGAAAGCAGUGAUAAAACCGCGUACUUCAAAUUCUAUCCAGACCGUAUUGUGACAAGAAUCUCAUGUAUUAAGCUGCCAUUUUUAUACAAUAAAAUUUGAUGUACCUUAUCAGGAACUGGAUGAAAUAUGCAGGUAUGAACAGAAGAGA